AUGUCAUUUACACACGUUGAUCCCCCUGCUGGUACCCGCGGCUAUGAGAUCGAGCGAGCGGCAAUUAAUAUCGUUGCACUAAAAACAGAUAGAAGGGGUGCUUUAUUUUUGACUGAUGAGUCGCUUAUCUAUCACGGUAAUAACUUCAGCUUCCAUGUUCCUCUCCGUGAUAUAACACUCCACGAAGCGUCAGCAGGGAUCUUUGAGUCGCCGUUCAUUAAGUUGACCUUCCAAAUCCCCAGUAAAGAUAUGGCGGGUACGAUCAAGUUCAAUUUCAAGAGUAGAUCCUUUGAUACCUUUGUAUCCGUGUUUCCUGUCAUGUAUGCAAAAGCUCGUCAAGAGGCGCUUCAAGCACCAAAGCCGCCAGCAGCACCGAAUUAUGCUAUGGGUAACGCUGAUACCAUCAGAGAGAGAGAAGCUCCUAAUGCUUUGCCGCCGCCACCAAGUAAUCCACCAAGUAAUGUGCCCCCAUACCCUGGGCUCCCUGCUAACAUAGACACUAUGGAGACACUUAGAAGUUUGACGAAGGUACGACCAUAUUCACAUCUGCAGCAACAGCAACAGCAACAACAGCAGCAAGUGCAGCAGCAACCAUAUGUAACAACUGUCACCGCACUAGAAGCACCAGUAGCAAUAAUUGAACAGGAAAACCGCCCUCUUUUAGAAGAGGACAGCCAGGCCUUCCGUACAGUGUAUGAAUCUACGUGGGGAGUAGUGUACAACAAGGAUUUCGACCCGAAAAAUGCUUCAAAGGAGGAUCAGCUGGGAAUAACACAGUGUCUGCGCCCGGCCAUGGACUAG